GAGAAAACCCAGGGCUGCUCUAUGCAAAAUCCUCUUCCAGGUAGGGUUAUUGCCGUCAUGAUAAAAUUUCUGAGGUUGUCUUCUGGUUUUCUUAUAUUGACUUGAUGGUGGAUGGUAUCAGCUUUCUCGACGCUCAAAGGAAUAGACUUGAAGCGGCUUGAUUGAAAAGUUUUUCGGGCAUUGGGGUUCGUUUCGUCAACGUCCACGCUCAGAUUUCUGGGCGUGAACGGAGGAUUUUUCUUUUAAGUUUUUGACGCAGUUUUACAAAUUUAAGUUUUUUAGUGUAGGAAAAUAAGGAAAAGAAGAGAGAGGACAGAGGAAAGAGGAAAGAGCUGGGGUGUGGGUGAAAACUGGGAAGAUCUUGUGCAAUUCAAGACGUAUUCGUGAAUUCAAAUUUUUUGUGGGGGGGUGAGAAAGGAAGAAUAAUGAAGUGCGAAAGCGGCGAACUCAGCCGCGAUGCCGCGCUCCAGUCGUCGAUUUUCUUUAUUUGGCCGGAGAGACCACGUGAUUUCCUCGUGCUUCUCACGCGCCUCUCUCUCGUCACGUGCCUGGUUGCUUCCGUGUCCGUUGUCCUCUACGGUACGUUCUCCUCACCAGGCUCCUUGCUCCGGUUACCCAACCCGACCCGGAGCGACUUCGCAAUGCAAUACGUCUCCGACGGGCCAACGAACCUCUCCCAUCUCCUCUUCUGCAUAGCCGGCUCCGCCGACACGUGGCGCGACCGCAGCCGCUACAGUUCCAUAUGGUGGACGUCCAACGCUACACGCGGCUUCGUUUGGCUCGACGAGCAUACCGCGAAUCAAACGGACAGAGAAGCCAACAGUGGCGAAGACCUUUCCCGCCAUGAAUUUCGAGUACCCGUACGGGUAUCGGAUCCGGGUUGGACCCGUUUUAGGUACUCGAGCUCCAGAGCGGCGGUCCGGAUAGCCCGUAUAAUAUGGGACAGUUACAGGCUGGAAUUGCCGGAGGUGAGGUGGUUUGUGAUGGGCGAUGAUGAUACGGUGUUUUUCGCUGAUAACUUGGUUUCGGUGUUAGCGAGGUACGAUCACCGUCAGAUGUGGUACGUUGGCGGGAACUCGGAGAGCGUGGAGCAGGAUACCAUGCAUUCGUACGAGAUGGCGUUUGGAGGUGGGGGGUUCGCGGUCAGCUACGCGCUGGCUAAGCGGCUGGUCAACAUUCUGGACGGUUGUCUUGAUCGUUACUACUAUUUCUACGGCUCAGAUCAGAGGAUCGCCGCGUGCAUGAGCGAAAUCGGCGUGCCGUUCACAAGAGAGCGUGGGUUCCAUCAGCUUGAUAUAAGAGGGAACCCAUAUGGAGUCCUGGCAGCACACCCAAUUGUGCCACUUGUAUCACUCCACCACCUUGACUACUUGGAUCCAAUCUUCCCAAACCAGACUCAGAUAAGCUCCUUGCAGACCCUCACGACGGCUUACCGGGUUGACCCUAACCGGAUCCUACAGCAAACCUUCUGCUAUGAUCACAAGAGAAAGUGGUCCGUAUCCAUAUCGUGGGGAUACACCAUUCAGAUAUACACAUCAAUGGUAUCACCGAAGGAUUUGGAGGUACCCUUGCAGACGUUCAAGACAUGGCGGAGUUGGAGUGACGGCCCGUUUACUUUCAAUACCCGACCUGUGAAUGGUGACCCGUGUGAGCAGCCAGUCGUUUAUUUCCUGGACUGGGUUCAGGAGGUUGGCAGUAGGGGGACCAGGACUAGUUAUAGGAGGGCCAUAUUGCCAGCUGAGAAUUGCAGCAAGAUUGAGCAUGUUCGUGCAAGGUCAAUAGAAAGAGUCAUUGUCUCAUCCAUGAAGAUGGACCCAGAUUAUUGGAACAAGGAGCGGCGGAGGCAUUGUUGCGAAAUAAUGAACCGAGGAAGCAGAAAAGAGAGCAGCAUGUUGAUUAGGAUUAGAAACUGCAGAUCAGGGGAGAACAUUCUACCUAGAUAUAUAUAGCCAUAUAUGGGUCAGUCAGUCCUCUUAAUGGUAAUUCUACAGGUAUAUGUAUGUAUAUAUAUAUAUAUCCACUGGUUAAUAAAGAAUAAAUAUAGUAUGAGAAAAAAGAUGUUACAGCAGGC